UGGCGUCACCAGGACAACGGGCGUUGCCGGCGGCUUGUGACUUCGGGCUGUGGGCGCGCUCGCAGCUCUUCAGCCAUGGUUUUCUCAAAUAAUGACGAAGGCCUUAUUAACAAAAAGUUACCCAAAGAACUUCUGUUAAGAAUAUUUUCCUUCUUGGAUAUAGUAACUUUGUGCCGAUGUGCACAGAUUUCCAAGGCCUGGAACAUCCUAGCCCUGGAUGGAAGCAACUGGCAAAGAAUAGACCUUUUUAACUUUCAAACAGAUGUAGAGGGUCGAGUGGUGGAAAAUAUCUCCAAGCGAUGCGGUGGAUUCCUGAGGAAGCUCAGCUUGCGAGGCUGCAUUGGUGUUGGGGAUUCCUCCCUGAAGACCUUUGCACAGAACUGCAGAAACAUUGAACAUUUAAACCUCAAUGGGUGCACCAAAAUCACUGACAGCACAUGUUAUAGCCUUAGCAGAUUCUGUUCCAAGCUCAAACAUCUGGAUCUGACCUCCUGUGUGUCCAUUACAAACAGCUCCUUAAAGGGGAUCAGUGAGGGCUGCCGAAACCUGGAGUACCUGAACCUCUCUUGGUGUGACCAGAUCACGAAGGAUGGCAUUGAGGCACUGGUGCGAGGUUGCCGAGGCCUGAAAGCCCUGCUCCUGAGGGGCUGCACACAGUUAGAAGAUGAAGCUCUGAAACACAUUCAGAAUUACUGCCAUGAGCUUGUGAGCCUCAACUUACAGUCCUGCUCACGCAUUACAGAUGAAGGUGUCGUGCAGAUAUGCAGGGGCUGCCAUCGGCUACAGGCUCUUUGCCUUUCUGGCUGCAGCAACCUCACAGACGCCUCUCUCACGGCCCUGGCUUUGAACUGCCCAAGACUUCAGAUUUUGGAGGCUGCCCGAUGUUCCCAUUUGACUGAUGCAGGCUUUACACUUUUAGCUCGGAAUUGCCAUGACCUGGAGAAGAUGGAUCUUGAAGAAUGCAUCCUGAUCACCGACAGCACACUCAUCCAGCUCUCUGUCCACUGUCCUAAACUGCAAGCCCUGAGUCUGUCCCACUGUGAGCUCAUCACAGAUGACGGGAUCCUGCACCUGAGCAACAGCACCUGUGGUCACGACAGGCUGCGGGUACUGGAACUGGACAACUGCCUCCUCAUCACCGACGUGGCCCUGGAGCACCUGGAGAACUGCCGCGGCCUGGAGCGCCUCGAGUUGUACGACUGCCAGCAGGUUACCCGCGCAGGCAUCAAGCGGAUGCGGGCUCAGCUCCCUCAUGUCAAAGUCCAUGCCUACUUUGCUCCUGUCACCCCCCCGACAGCAGUGGGAGGAAGUGGACAGCGACUGUGCAGGUGCUGUGUCAUUCUCUGACGGCGACUGCCUGAGUCCAAGGCACGAUGAGGUGUCCCUUCCUCCAGAGAAGACCAGGGUCUUCCUGCUCCGCCUUCACCCAGAUCUCUUGGUUCUCCAUUGGGAAAGACAUUUACAGGUAAAAGACUUCAGUAGGGAUUGCAGUAACUCUGGUGAUAGUUUUCACCUUCAUUCUGCUACGAUACAAUCGAAUCAAAGCCUUGUGUCUGCCAGCACAUGGCAAGAGUGGUCUCAGCACAGCCUGGACCACAAAGGAGACCUGGAUCUCUUAAGAGGUGGGUGCCUUCUUAGGUACCAGCGUCCUGCUGUUGGCUUUGUCAGCACUCCUUAGACCAUCAGUGUUAGCACAAACUGAGCAGAAAGACCAAGCUGUUGAUUUUCUACCUGAUACUGAAGCCAGUGGCCUACUUUAAUUCACAGUGAUUUCAUUUGGAUUAGCAGGACUUUUCCACUUUGAAGAUGAAAUAGUAACUUUCUCAAAGUGACCUGUACUGCAAAUUUGUGAUACCUGAGAGUUUUAUAUGUAGACUUAGGUGGAAGGCAAGUUAGGUUUCCGUGAGACACCAAAGAAAUGAGGACUCUGAACUGGGUGGAGCAGGGCCUUCACCUUUCUAUCAACUUGUCAUACACUCUUUCGGGGACCAAAAGCUAGACAGAAACAACCGAGUCUGUGUUGCCUGACUGGAAAUAAGCUGUGGCAGGUGCUACUGCAGAGUGCAUUUUUGUUCUAGGAGAAAAGCUAAUCGUGUCAUCUCUCAUAAAAUUUGGGGGACCUUAAAGAAAUAGAAUUAAGGCUUAAGUUAUCUAUAAUAUAUAUAAUCAAUUAAAAAUAAUGAAU